AUGCCUUCGCGAUUAACAGCUGCUGUUCUGUCUGUAGAUGCGGGUAAGAUGCAUGAGGUGGAUACAAGAAAUGCAGAGUCUCUGCAUGGAAUGUGGAUGGUGUUUUCCAAAUGUGCCGAUUUUAUGGAAGAAGGACGGCGCCUGGAAAAUCUAAGUUGGAGACUCUGGACCAGGGAGACCUUUUGCGUCGAACCACUCCAACAGGAAGCCACGCAACUAGAGAUCCGAAGCUUACGGUGUGGAUCCCGGGAGAUCCCAGAACUGUCGUCGAGCGUGGAAUCUGUGGAGUCAGAUGAGGCGGAACAGAUAGAGACUCACAUCAAACCCUCUCAGGCUCUUGACGUAAAGCCAGCCAUUGUUGAAGACGACUCGGCAUUGAGCAUUAGUCGAGGGAAGGAAAAACACAUUACCUCGUUAGGAUUGGAAAGAAUGGUAUAUAACAUCAAGGAGAAGAAGUGUUUGGAACCGCUCUCGCUACCUAAUACCCCAUCUCAACGUGGAGUUACUGCUACAGCUCCCGUUGCGGUUGAUCUUACACCCGGUCCUUCUAUGCCCGCCCCUACUCCCAUCGCAAGAGAACCACAACAAGUCCUCCCUCACCAGUCAUCAGAUUCGUGCUCUACGGCUGCUCUCGAUGGCCUGGAGAGUGACCACACCUCUCCCGUGGGAUCAGAUACAAGUCUCUCCUCGUCUGGGCGUGUGGAGUCCACAGGUAUCGAUGAGUCUACAAGAAUCGUUCGCGGGUUUUCUCCAUCUCAAAUUUCCUCUUCCUACCGGUCACGUCCUCAAGUUUCUUCAAGCCCCACGUCAUCGAAUACAAGUGUUCCGGUAGCAUCCUCACCGCUCAAAAAGGCAGGCGGAAUGUUUACCCUUGGCGGCUCGUCAGGUGAGGACGAGAGCUCGUUUGAGGAUCGCAUGACGGAAAAACCUCAACGAAGCUCACUGUCAGAUGGCCUUCAGCAGACUGGUUCCCCCAUGAAGAUGGCCUUGGUCAAGAAUUCCAUGGAAUCUACACCUGUAAGAACAAUUAGUGAAGGCUCUGAUGAUGAAGAUGCCAUCGAGACGGAUGAUGACGACGAAGAGAUUUCAGAGAGCGCCAUUGAAGAUGAUGAUUCUUCAGAGUGGGAAGACUCGGUUACUGAAAGCGGUAGAUCGAGCGUCGACGAAAAGGAAACUCUUCCAGCGCGUUGA